UCAGUUGCAUUACACUUAGCAGACUGAAUCUAUAGGAGCUGAGAACAUGAAGCUUUUGAUCAUUUUGAGUGCUGUAGUACUUGCACUAGCUAGUGACCGCAGUAAUCACCAUCAAAGAUCUAAUUGGGUUCGUCAAAACAUUCGAUCCAACAAUCACAUCAAUCCAUCAAGUUCAUCAUCAGAAAGUGACGAACAAUCACCAAAAAUCCUAAAAACUAAAGUUUUCAAUCCAAACCGCUGCAAUCUCGUCCCAGAGCCAACAUCCUAUGAGUUGAGUCUCUUCCGUCAAUGGGCUGCAAAGCAUAACAAGCACUACUCAGAAUCCGAACAAUCUUGCAGAUUAAUCAAUGUUAUUAACACAAUUCGUGACAUUCAUGCUCAUAAUCAGCGUUACGAUGAAGGCAAGGAAACUUACAAGCGUGGAUUAAAUCAUCUUUCAGACUUGACAAUGCAGGAAAUGCGUGAUCGAAUUUUAAUGAAAAAGCCAAAAAGCCAACUUGCUCAUAGUAAAUUAAGUGACUUGCCAUACUUACCAGAUGCAAGAGAGAAUGUCGAUUACAGAGAUGAAGGCUUAGUUGGACCAGUUGCACAGCAAGGAUAUUGUGGAAGUUGUUAUGCAUGGUCAAGUGCUGCUGUUGUUGAAGGACAAUUGAGAAAAUGUAACAUCUUUAAAGAACCAGUUUCUGUCCAAAAUAUGGUCGACUGUCCAACGGAAGGAUGUGAAAAAUGCAAGGGUGGACUUCCUUAUUUUGUGUUUGAAUAUCAGAAGCAUGGUGGAAUCUUGCCAGCUGACAAGUAUCCAUAUUUGGACAGAAACGGAACCUGCAACUUCAGUAAAAGUGACAUCAUUGCUUAUGUUGAUCAAGCUUUUGGAUUCAACUUCAUGCCUAUUAAAAGAAGACAUGAAUAUAUCAAGAAAAUUGUCUCAAUUGUUGGUCCAAUCUCAGUUGGUCUGUGUGCUGAGCAAAGCUUCAAAGAUUACGAUUCUGGUGUUUAUAGCAACGACAGUUGUGGUGAUGAAAUGAAUCAUGCUGUAACAAUUGUUGGAUAUGGAUCAGACCCACGUGAUGGUGACUAUUGGUUGAUCAAGAACAGCUGGGGCAAGUACUGGGGUGAAAAUGGCUACGGACGAGUCGCAAUGGGCAAGAACAUGUGCCAGUUCGAAAGUGAAGUUUACUUUGCACAACUCCGUGACUCAAGAGGAAAAGUUUGUGAAUUAUUUGAUUUUUAA